AAUGACCUGGUCAACUUGGUUAUCAUCAAUUCUUGUACAUUUUUUUAUUAUGUUUUUGAUGCAGGUGUUACAUAGCAUCGAACUUGACGAGAUAGAAAAGUUGAGGGUGUGUUGCCAUUUGCUGUCUAAGUUUUUUUGAGUAUUCAGGAAGAAGGUAUUGUUUGAGUUUAGAGAAAUGGUUCAGAGAAUUCUGUUAUGGAUGAUGAUUAGUUUUUGUCAAGUUAUGGUAAUUGCAGCGGUGACUGAUCCGAAUGAUCUUGCUGUGCUAAAUGCUCUCAAAUCUGGAUGGGAGAAUCUACCACCUGAUUGGAAGGGUUCGGAUCCUUGCGGAAGUAAUUGGGAAGGGAUCAAUUGUACCGACUCACGUGUAACCACUUUGGUAUUGGCAGGCAUGGGUGUUAAAACUACUGACAUUGGAGAUAUUCCAUCACUUUCCAUGUUGCAAUACUUAGAUCUUUCCAACAACAAAGAGAUUAAAGCCAUUCUUCCACAAUCUAUUCAGAAUUUGAAGAACUUAACGACAUUAAUCCUGAUUGGUUGCAGUUUUAGGGGUCCAAUCCCUGAUUCAAUAGGAUCCCUCAAGCAGCUAGUCUUUUUAGGUCUCAAUAAUAAUAGCUUUACGGGACCUAUUCCACCAUCAAUUGGUAAUUUAAAUAAUCUUUCAUGGUUGGAUCUAAGUGAUAACCAGCUUUCAGGACCCAUUCCCGUCUCUAAUCCACCAGCGCCUGGCCUUGACAAUCUAAUGAAAACAAAACACUUCCAUUUGUCAAAUAAUCAGUUAUCAGGUCCCAUUCGAUCUAAACUUUUCAACUCCAACAUGAGCCUAAUACAUUUUAUAGUUAACAACAACCAAUUAUCUGGAAGAAUUCCUCCAUCGAUAGGAACCGUGCAGACUCUUGAGGUCGUGCGCCUGGACUCGAAUUCCUUGGUUGGGGAAGUGCCUGAGGAGCUAGCGAAUCUCGAAAGUCUUAGUGAGCUGUAUUUGUCAAACAAUAACCUGAACGGAUCUGUUCCAGAACUCUUAGGAAUGAACUCAAUCUUUUAUGUGGACAUGAGCAAUAACAGUUUUGACAAGUCUGAUAUUCCUGCAUGGAUUACACUUCCAUCAUUGACCACAAUAUUGAUGGAAAUGACGCAGCUCCAAGGAGAAAUCCCAUUAGAUGUCUUCCAACCUCAGUUGGAGAGAUUGGUUCUAAGUAGCAACCGUAUUAGUGGAACCCUGGAUGUUGGCAACAGAUAUAGCAGUGACUUGAUAGUUGAUCUCACUAACAAUUCUAUAACUACCUUCACACAGAGUUCUGGAUAUAACUUGAGCUUAAAUCUUGACAAUAACCCAAUUUGUGAAGAUGGAGCAACGGGAAGAUAUUGUUCAGCUGGAAAGCCCGACCCGCCAGAUGGUUUACCGUCAAAUGAAUGUGCACAAGUGCGUUGUGGUUCAAAUAAAGUGCUUAGUCCAAACUGUAAAUGCUCAAGUCCAUACACAGGAACCAUAUUUUUUUUCUCUCAUUCCUUCUCAAACUUGGAUAAUACAACCUACUAUACAACUCUUCGUGAUACUUUGAUAUCCGCCUUUCGGUCUAAUCAACUUCCAGUGGACUCAGUUUCUAUUUCUAAUCCAACUAUCGGUGAAUACCUUCAAUAUAGAUUGCACAUCUUUCCCUCUGGUGAAGAUUAUUUUACUCGUUCAGCAGUGUCUUCUAUUGGGACGGUAAUCAACCGUCAACUCUUCUCUCUGCCUUAUUAUGGACCCUCAUUCUUUCUUGAUGAAAGCUACUGUUGCUUUCCAGGGAAGAAAUCAUCAAAACAUGGAAUCAUCAUUGGCGUUGCGGUUGGUGGUUUUGUGAUCGUAUUGCUUAUAGCCUCGGCUAUAACUUACGCGGUCUAUCAGAAAAAACAAGCAAAAAAAGCAAAAUUGAGUAGUCCAUUCACAUCUUGGGGGUUUGACAGCAGUGAUGCGGGUGAUGCUCCUCAAUUAAAAGGAACACGAUGGUGUUCAUUUGAAGAACUUCAAAGAGCCACCAACAGAUUUUCAGAAGAAAAUAUAAUUGGAUCUGGGGGCUAUGGGAAGGUGUACAAGGGAACUCUUGACAGUGGUCAUGUAGUUGCAAUCAAAAGAGCUCAGCAGGGAUCAUUACAGGGUGCACAAGAAUUUAAAACCGAAAUUGAACUUCUUUCGCGCAUUCAUCAUAAAAACGUUGUAUCCCUUGUCGGUUUCUGUUAUGAGCAAGGUGAACAAAUGCUGGUCUAUGAGUACAUUUCAAAUGGUAGUCUGAAAGAUAAUCUUUCAGGGAUAGCUGGAAUGAAGUUGAGCUGGAUGAAGAGACUUGAAAUAGCUCUUGGUUCUGCCAAAGGUUUGACAUACUUGCAUGAGCUUGCAAACCCUCCCAUAAUUCACAGAGACAUCAAAUCAAAUAACAUUCUGCUGGAUGAUCAUAUGAAUGCCAAGGUUGCUGAUUUCGGGCUGUCCAAACUUUUGGGAGAUGAAUCAAAGGGUUAUGUCUCUACACAAGUGAAGGGGACAUUGGGUUACAUGGAUCCCGAAUACUACAUGACCCAGCAACUGACAGAAAAAAGUGAUGUUUAUAGUUUCGGGAUUGUACUAUUAGAACUAUUAACCGCAAGAUCACCAAUAUACAAGGGUAAAUACAUCGUAAGAGAGGUCAAAGAAGCGAUGGGCAAGGCAGGAGAUCCAAAUGGAAUUUACACUAUUCUUGAUCGAUCUCUUGGUUCAUUGCAAACACUCGGAGGUUUGACCAAGUUCACGAGCCUGGCAAUGAGCUGCGUCCAAGAUUCAGGCCCUGACCGGCCCAAAAUGGCAGAAGUUGUGAGAGAACUCGAGAGCAUUAUAGAUUUGGCUGUUUUAAGCCAAGAUGUUAAAUCACCUUUGACUUUUUCAAGUCAAGAUACAGGAAAAGUUGGGGACCUUUAUCAUCAUGAUCAUCUUCAUCCAUAUGGUGAUUCGGUUUCUGAUGCAAGCAGUUUGUCUAUGCCUUUUGAAACAGAACUCCGCAGGUAAAUUAACCAUGGUGAUGCUAUUUUCGACAUGAUGGAAUCGUUGUACUAGUAUAUAUAAAUACAUUUGGAACCAAGAUUGUAUAAGUGUAAAUUUAGUAAGUUCAAAUUAUAUGAACUUUGUUGUAUUUUGUUUCAAUAAUAUUUUGUACUACAAGCUAAUAAUAUUGAUAUUUUUUCAUA